UGGAAGAACUGAAGUUGUACCUGUUGUACUACUACAAGUCUGGACAUCAAAUUUUUGCUGCAGCCAUGGUGCAAUCUUCUUGAGAUCCGACGAGUUGCGACUCGCAAGCUUGCAUGCUGCUUGAAGUUGCAUGGUGCCCCUGGGGAUGCGCUAGGAGACGCUCCCAGAAAGGCGGGACGGGCAAGAUCUAGUUUUGUUGUGAUGUAAAUAUGCUGUGGCUGUUUUAAGAGGAAGCCAGCGACAAUGGCAUUGUGAUCAGAACGCCCUUGCAAACGGGCGCAGCAGGCUGUUGGAUCCUCUUCCUUGUUAGAAGCCGACUCUGCGCUUGCGGCCCCCCAUGAUGCGCUGGCUGCUUGUCCCUCUGGCCUGCUGCUGCCUGGCGGCGCUGCUCCCUGGCUGCACCGCUGCCGGGCGCGGGGCGCAAGUGGGCCAUGAGGAUAGCGCAGAGACAGCAGGGGUCGGCCCCGCAGAACUGACCAUGGCCAUGUUCAACCACUCGAUGACCGCAGCGGAGGCGCCCUACACCCUGUGCGAGUUCUUUGCCUCCUGGUGUCCAGCGUGCAUGAACUUCAAGCCGCAGUAUGCCAGGGUUGCUGCGCUGUUCAAUGCUGCGCCCCCUGGGGAAGGUUUUGUGUACGUGGCGGCAGUGGACUGCGCGACAGAGACUGCGCUCUGCCAGCACUUUGGCGUGGACCGCUACCCCACCCUGCUCUGGGGGGACCCCCGCCAGUUUGCCACCAACCUGCGGCCUGGGUCCGAUGCGCGGGCGGGCCUGGCCGUGGCGGAGACAGCCAGGACUGCAGAGGCAGUGCUGAACUGGAUCAACGAGAAGACACACCAGUCGUUUUCGCUGACCGCCUCAGCGGAGGCGCACCGCGAAGCUGCGGGGCAGGCGCGCGCCGUUACGCAGCAGGAGCGCGCAGACCGGCAGGAGGCACUCGCCCCAACGCAGCUGUGGGAUGUCGAGGAAGCCACGGCGCUCGCCUUCCGCUACAUGCUAGCUGCCGUGACCUUCACCACUGUGGCGGCCGCCCGGCCUAGCGUUGCUCGCUUUGCCCACCUGGUGGCGGAGCACCACCCGUCAGGCAGGUGUCGCGCAGGUGCGGCCUCCCUGGUGGCCCAGCUGGACACUGUGUGGCCCACGGCGCCCCUCCCCGGCGAGGCGGACCCGGCAGACGCUGCGGACGUGCAGCUAGCCGUGCUGCAGCAGGUGGCGGUAUGCGGGGCAGGCGUCCCGCACUCGCAAAAAGGGACCUGGCGGUCAUGUCAGGGCAGUACAGCGGACACGCGUGGCUACAGCUGCGGCCUGUGGCAGCUCUUCCACUCGCUGGCGGCGCGCUUGGACGCAGGCGAGGGCGGCGCCGCCCUGGCGGCGCUGCGUGGCUUUGUUGAUGUCGGCUUCCAGUGCGACGAGUGCCGCCGACACUUCCUCGAGGCCAGCGCUGCGCCCGACGCCGCAGCCGUGACCACGCGCCGGGAAGCUGCGCUCUGGCUGUGGGGCAUGCACAACCGGGUCAACGUGCGGCUGGCAAAGGCGGAGGACGAGAGCGGGUGGGGGGACCCCGCCUUCCCCAAGCGGCUGUGGCCGCCGCGCCAUGCUUGCCCUGACUGCCGGAAGAGCCCCGAGAGUGCCGACGCGGGGUCCGAGGGGGCGGUGGAGUGGGAUGAGGAUGCGGUGUACCGCUUUCUAUUGCGGCACUACCGGCAGCCAGGCGGGGACAACCCCGAAGUUGCGGACAUUCUAGGAGGCGACCUGCAGCGGCGGGAAGCCGGCCUUGUGCUGGCGGAGGGGCUGCCAGGGGUGGCCGCACCGCAGGGGCAGGCGGUGAGGGGGGUAGUCGGGGGUGUGGUGCUGCUGGGGGGCGUCGGGGCGGUGGGGUGGUGGUGGCAGGGCCGGCGGCGGCGAAGAAAAUCCCCCUUGUUCGUGUAUCCUAGGGUCAGCAAGGAGUGAGCGCAACUAGGCAAGCGCUUGAGUCGAACGGCGGUUGAGCUUGCCUCUGAAAUGUAGCAUCAUCAAAUUACGGGCAACUUAUGCUGGACAAACUGGAAAGAAAUCGUUGUUAUGUGGGUUGAUUGCAUUUCCAAAAUGUUAAAGGAGAGGCAUAGACACCAAGUGCUGGCACGUGGCUCUCAUUGAGACAGGAACAUCUCCUGGUGAGUCUACUCUCCGGCUCGAUCAUGGGUCCACUUGGUAGUGAGUCCCAUGCGCAGUGUAUCAAUGACUGAAUCGAUUUAUCCUCUGUAUCGAC